GUUGUAUUUCCGUCCAGUGCUUCACUGUGUUUUUUGGUAAGAAAAACAAUGCGUGAAAAUCAGCUGAGCAAGCAAGGAAAGCUGUGAAAUUGUUGGUUUAUUUUGGCGUGACUGUAUUUUUAAACACACAACAACACCUUCUCAGACUGCGGCACUUAGACACAAAACCCAUGAAAAAAAGGCCCGUGGUCUGAAUAUUCUCUGUGCAGACGUUGAGAGGAUCGGUGGAGUUACUGACAACUAGUUUUCACAGGAGGUCCCAACAACGCCUGGUACCAUUGCGCACUCGGGUGACGCAAUCACGUUGCUGUGGCUCAAUGCGAUGGCGACCCGCAGCGUCCCCAGACCUACCCAGGGAGGGACGGAGCAAAGUCACUGAACAGCUCUCACCGGCUCUGUUAUACUACUGCUUGACCACCUGUUAAAGAAAGGCCAUUGCUAUUGUCGUACCAGCCGUGAAAUAGUAUGUGGGACGGGAUCUGCUCGGAGUGCACUGAACGGGACGAGCCAGAAGUGGAGUGAAGAGGAGCGGAGUGCGCCGGGCUGACGCGCCGCAUGUUGAGCCAAGCAAGUUGAUUGAUAUAACAAAAGUCACGUCGACGGUGAAGUGGACAGUCGCUGUUGGAUUUAACGGAGGUUUGACGGCACGGUUCUUCCGGAAAAAUGAAAUUCGCGGAGCAUCUUUCGUCCCACAUCACUCCUGAGUGGAGGAAACAGUACCUUCAGUAUGAGGCAUUCAAGGAUAUGUUGUAUGCUGCCCAGGACCAAGCUCCGACUCCUGAAGUCACAGAUGAAGACACAGUGAAGAGAUACUACGCAAAGUUUGAAGAGAAGUUCUUUCAGACCUGUGAGAAGGAGCUCCUGAAAAUCAAUACCUUCUAUUCAGAAAAGCUUGCUGAAGCACAGAGACGUUUUGCCACGCUGCAGAAUGAGCUGCAAUCUUCACUGGAUGCACAACGUGAGAGCAAUGCUCCGCCCAGCCUGCUGAAUCGCAAGACGAGGUUCCACCUGUCACAGGAGGAGCGAUGCAAACACCACAACAUCAAGGACCUGAAGCUUGCCUUCAGCGAGUUCUACCUCAGUCUCAUCCUGCUCCAGAACUACCAGAAUCUGAACUUCACCGGUUUCCGUAAGAUCCUGAAGAAACAUGACAAGAUCCUGGACACUACUCGUGGGGCUGACUGGCGUGUGGCUCACGUGGAGGUGGCACCUUUCUACACCUGCAAGAAGAUCACACAGCUCAUCUCUGAGACAGAGACUGUGGUGACUGUAGAAUUGGAGGGAGGAGAUCGUCAGAAGGCCAUGAAGAGAUUGAGAGUUCCUCCACUGGGGGCAGCUCAGCCUGCUCUGGCCUGGACAACCUUUCGUGUUGGUCUCUUCUGCGGCUUCUUUAUUAUUCUUGCCAUAGCCUUCAUUCUCUCUGGUGCUGUGUUCAUCCGCUUGAAGAACGUGUGGCCUCUUGUGCGGAUUUAUCGGGGCGGUUUCCUGUUAAUCCAGUUCCUUUUCCUGUUGGGCAUUAACACUUAUGGAUGGAGACAGGCUGGAGUCAAUCAUGUCCUCAUCUUCGAGAUUGAUCCCCGAAACAACCUCUCACACCAACAUCUGUUUGAGAUUGCUGGUUUCCUGGGUGUGGUAUGGUGUCUCAGCAUCCUCUCCUGUCUGUACUCAGAGUACACCUACAUCCCCACACAGAUCAAUCCGCUCAUCCUUUAUGGCUUCAUGGUGCUUUUCCUCAUCAACCCUUUCAAGACCUGCUACUACAAGUCACGUUUCUGGCUUCUCAAGCUGCUGUUUCGCGUGUUCACUGCACCAUUUCACCGGGUGGAGUUUGCAGACUUCUGGCUGGCCGAUCAGCUUAACUCUCUGGUGUUUGUUCUGAUGGACCUGGAGUAUCUCGCCUGUUUCUACAUCUUUGAGCUGCAGUGGAGUAACAGCAAGGGCCUGCUGCCCAAGAUUAUAGAACCUGUAGACUACAUAUGCCACAGCUACUCGUACGGCCUGCGCGCCAUUAUCCAGUGUCUGCCUGCCUGGCUCCGCUUCAUCCAGUGCCUGAGGCGUUACCGUGAUACCAAGAGGGCUUUUCCGCACCUGGUGAAUGCUGGGAAAUAUUCUACCACCUUCUUCGUCGUCACCUUUGCUGCACUCUACGCAACACACAGAGAACAGAAACAUACGGACGCCGACAUGUUCUUCUACCUGCUGAUCGUGUUCUCGAUCAUCAGCUCUCUGUACACACUGAUCUGGGAUUUGCGCAUGGACUGGGGUCUGUUUGACCGUGGAGCCGGAGAAAACACUUUCCUCAGAGAAGAAAUUGUUUACCCCCACAAGGCCUACUACUACUGUGCCAUUGUAGAAGAUGUGAUCCUGCGCUUUGCCUGGACAACCCAAAUCUCCCUGGCGACCAUGAACAAGAUCUACUCUGUGGGCGACAUCAUUGCCACUGUGCUUGCUCCUCUUGAGGUCUUCAGGCGUUUUGUGUGGAACUUCUUCCGUCUGGAAAACGAGCACCUGAAUAACUGUGGUGAGUUUCGUGCGGUGAGGGAUAUCUCUGUGGCACCGCUCAACGCUGAUGACCAGACGCUGCUAGAGCAGAUGAUGGACCAGGAGGAUGGUGUCCGGAACCGCUCAGGCAAGAGGACCUGGAAGAGGUCCUACAGCCUGUCACUCCGACGCCCCCUGCUGUCAACCACUCAAUCAAAAAAGGAUACAAAGGUGCUAAUUGAAGACACGGAUGACGAGGCCUUCAGCUGAGUUCACAACGUCAACAUGUACACACACAAAUACACACAGGCACACUAUACUUAUAAGGACCUCGUUCGCUAAUGCCCAGCCUCGGCUCUAUCCCUCAGUCCAAACCUUUUAAAUCGGUGAGGCCCAUCAGUCCGGACUCACUUUGGAGAAUUUACCUCAUUUUUACCUCUUUGCGAGUACGAUUGGUCUUUAUAAGUAUAGAAGUACACACUGACCCACAAACAGAUAAACCUGCUGAAGCACAAACAACAUAUUGCUACAGACGUCAAGGGAAAUCUCCUGCACACAGCUGGCAACACAGACCACACUGCCCUGGGAUUGUCCUCUUCUUUUUUAAACAGACGUUUUUAGUAUGUGUAGUUUACUUUGAGAUAUUUCUGUUUCUUUAGAUUUUUCUUUACUUUUUUCUGGACUUAUUUAGGAAAAGCUACAUAAGUCGGCUACAGACGACUCUUUACACCUAUUUUUAACAACAGUAGGAUCAACAGGGAGAAGACGGCCAAUCAAAAGACUGCAUUUUAAUCAAUAGAAACCUGAGGAAGGACUUGACACACAUCACAGCAUAUCAGAUCAAAUCAACUGGUUUCAACUUGUUGAUUCUUUUUAUACUCUAUUGUUUUUGUUGUUUGUUUUUUUUUGUCAAAUCACAGCCCUGGAGGCACUUGCAGGAAAUGUGCAUUUAAUACACAAAACAUGAAAACUUGUACACAAAAGGGAUGUUUUGAUUCAAACAUUUCUAAUUUGUGAAGUUGCUUUGUAAUAUAUUUUAAUAUAUUUGGAUGUGCAUUAUUAUAGUUGUUUAGUACUUCUACAUAUUGUUUAUACUAGUGAGACUAGUUUGAGCACCCACACAAUGAUUGUUAAUGUGUUUUAUAAUAUUUGUAAUGUUUUUCUUGGUUAGACUUUUAAUAAGAUCAUAGUGAUGCCCAACCUGACGUUGGAGCAAAAUUGACUUGUGAAUCAUCACAUGUAUUGUGAUUGUGUCAUGUUAACUUAGUGACUAUGUGUAUGUGCUUUAACCACCAAAGCUUUGCUAUGAACGUGUCAGUGGCUAGUGCAGCUUUGUUCAAGGUAACCAGAGCCAAAAAUGUAAUUUUUAAGAUUGGAGUGCUGUUGUUUUAUUUUCUUGGGCUGUUUUGGCAGGUAUAGUAGGUUCUGUAUUGUUUGGAAAUCCCAGUUGUAUGAACGGAAUUAGUGGUAUCACUGUCAACACUUGUUUACCUUAUGAUCAGAGGCAUGACUAUAUUUGCCAGUUGUUGUCAAACUGGGAACAGGACCAGGGGUUAAAAUGUGCAGCACUGUAGAUACUGGUUGAAUCCGAGUCAGAGAGACUUUCUUCAAACAGCAGCAUGACAGGUAAAUUGCAAAAUACAGCUGGUCUUUGAUUGGGAAAAAAGAAAAACAAGCUAUACCUAUCAAGCAAACAUAUUUGUCAUGAACUCAGUAUGAAAAGGUCUAUAGUAGGCUCAUGUUUACUGUCAACAUCUCAGGGGAGCAGUUUGUGUGUAUAACCUUUGCACUUUGGACACAGUUUAACUUUUAACACACUGGAAUCACAACUUUUAAGAGACAUUUGUGAAAAGAAACAUGCACUUUGUGUUCUAGAUAACUUGAUUGCAGUAAGAUUCAAGUUGUAUCCUAAUGUCAGUUCUUGUUUUUGAGUGCAGGGUGUGACACGAAGUGUUGGAGAACCAUUGAGCACAGGUGCAAUGUAACACAUGGUGACCGCACCAGGGCGCUGCUGGAUGAUCAGGCCCCCUGACGAGGACUCAGUGUUGCCAGAUUGGGCAGUUUUACUUUUUAAGUAAUUGUGCCGGUAAAUAUUGUUUUGGGUGGCUUGUGAUCAUUUAAGCUACAGUGUGUAGCAUCGUGCUGGUUUCCCCCAAUGACAAGUUAAAUUAGGCUAGAUCCAGUGAGUCAGGCAUUUUUUUUAACAUUUGGAUUGACAUUAUUAUAAAACAGAAGGCACUAGGAUGAAAACCUGGACUACUUCUGUGAGGACUGGUUGGGUUUGAGGCUCUGAUUGAGCUUAUGCUCGUAUCUAUAAUCCCCAAGAUUUUUCACAGCUGCUAUCCUGCUCUAGGCCAUAUUCAGCAUCGAUGUCUGUUUGUUUGUAUCAAACGUUCUUUUGUUUCUUUUAGCAUUUUUCUGAGUUCACAUGCUAUGAUUUGAUAUUUCAAAUGUAGACCGAGUUCCACCAACCAGGACAAACAUGCAGUACAUCUAACAUCGAUUAGCCUCUUUGUCUUGUUCUCAAACCACCAGCUCAUGCUUGAAGAGCUGCUGGUGUUGCUGCUGGUUGUCAAACAGUGCUAACUUUAAUGCUGUGUGAGUGUGUUUCACUUCCUCUUCCUGUUUGACCUUGUCACUCAGCUCUCCACUCUGCUGUUCCUCCCUGUGGCUACACUGUGUCAAAGCCCAGAGACACAGUCCUGUCCUGUUUCUUCUAUACUUCAGUUCUUUUUCCUAUAGAGUGAGGAGCUCCUGUGUGCAAUGCUAGAAAGUAAAAAUACACUGGACACAUGCCAUAACUGCAGACACACAUGCACAUGGACAUCCUGCAUUGCCUCUCUCGUGUCAGAGAGCACAACGCUACAGCAGACACUUUGUAAAAUGGCUCUGUUGUCUUGUCUGCAUGCUGCUUUUGUUUUACAUUGUAUAUAGAUCUUAAUUUAUUUGAUAUGUGUAUCGGCAAUCGUUGCAACCACUGUGACAAUUGAUGUCAUAUGUUGCCAUUUUUGCUCCAAGGCAAGCAGUAUUUUCUAGGUGAUUACAAUCCUGCACUUUUUCCAUGUGUAAAUCUGUUAAAAAUGUGUUCAUAUAAAAUUAGGGAAAAAAUCCACAGCAAUGGAAAAUGUGAUUAGUUGUCUUCUUGUUUGAUUACUUAAGGCUUCAUCAUCUCUGCAGGGAGGAGGGGGUUUCCUGUGUCCUGAAGCUGUGAUACUGUUUGUACAUUUGUGAAAUGUGCAUGAAAAUACUGUAGACAUUGCAUCUGUUCUUGUGACAUGCCCUGCAGACAGAAGUACUUUUACUAUUUAUUGUAACGGGGUGCAGGAAUAGACCCCGGUCCAGAGAGAUGCUGUUAAACUGAGCCCAGAUCUGUCUAAGCUUAUCUCACAAACAGAUCUGGACCCGUUUUUGCUCACUGGAAGCAUUUAGGGUUUCUGGGUGAAGAAACAAAAUGUCGUAGUGAGUCUGUUCACAGAUGUUUUGUACGGUUCAUGUUCAAGGAGGUGGUGGUGAUGGUGAAAAGCCCCGACCUCCCAUUUUUCUCAUGGGUGAAAACCACAGAUGUUUGUUUUCACUUUUGCUGUAAGCU